GUGUGUGGCACGAACAUGACAUUGCCGUCCAUUAUCAUCCCACAGUAUACUAAAGAAAUGCAAGUGAUUACCCAGCUUGUGAGUGAACAUGGAUGGGGCAGCAGCUAUGCUGUUAAUUCAACAGAUAUUUCGAUAUACGCUUUAGCAAAUUGUUACCAAGAUCUUCCACCUAACGACUGUGUUCAAUGCUUCCUUAUAAGUUGUUCUAAACUCCCUACUUGUCUCCCUGCUGUAUCUGGUCGUGUUUAUCUUGAUGGUUGUUUCAUCCGUUAUGAUUAUUACAACUUCUUCGGGGAAACAACUGAUUCUUUCAAAGAUAAAGUGAACUGUAGCAGCUCCUUUGGAAGGGCUGUUACUGAUUCAGAUCAAGUGGCUUUGGCUGCUGCAGCUGGAAAUUUGAUUGAAAACGUGACGAAAAAAGCAAUUAAUGAGAGUGAUGGGUAUGCAGUGGGGAAAUUGAAUGGAAUUUAUGGAUUGGCACAGUGUUGGAGAACAGUGAGUAAACAAGGUUGCAGAGAAUGUUUGGACAAGGCAAGUGAAGCUAUAAAGGGAUGUUUGCCUAAUAGGGAUGCUAGAGCUUUAAUGACUGGUUGUUAUUUGAGGUAUUCCACUCACAAUUUCCUCAUUCAUCAUUCUCAGGCUACUAAUAAAGGCUUAAGCAAAGGUGUGAUAAUAGUUAUCGUUUUUGCAAUGAUAGCUUUCUCCAUGCUGUUUCUCUUUGUUGCCUACGUAGCUCGUAAAAAAUCGUUAAAGCGAAAACAAGAAUGCAUUAAUCUUGGCAAGAUAUCGAAUUCAUACAAGAGGUCCAGCUUGAACUUUAAAUAUGAAAAUCUUGAAAAGGCAACAAACUACUUUGAUCCAUCAACAAUAGUAGGCCAAGGAGGAAAUGGUUCUGUAUACAUGGGGACUCUUCCUAAUGGGAAGGUUGUUGCAGUUAAGAGACUGUUUUUCAAUACAAGGCACUGGGUUGAUGAGUUCUUCAAUGAGGUUAACCUUAUCCAUGGGAUUGAGCACAAAAAUCUUGUGAAGUUGUUGGGUUGCAGCAUUGAAGGGCCCGAGAGCCUCCUUGUCUAUGAGUUUGUGCCUAAUAAGAGCCUAGAUCAAUACCUUGAUGAUAAGAAUAAGAUAAAAGUUCUAAGUUGGAAAGAACGAUUACACAUCCUAGUUGGAACAGCAGAAGGCCUUGCGUUCCUCCAUGGAGGUUCAGAUAUGAAAAUCAUCCACAGGGACAUCAAGAGCUCCAAUGUACUUUUGGAUGAAAAUUUUGAGGCGAAAAUUGCUGAUUUUGGACUAGCUCGGUGUCUUGAAGCUGAUAAAACUCAUCUUAGCACUGGAAUUGCUGGGACAUUAGGAUAUAUGGCGCCUGAAUAUCUCGUAAAAGGACAACUCACAGAGAUGGCUGAUGUCUAUAGCUAUGGAGUGCUUGUUCUUGAAAUUGUUUGUGGAAGAAAAAACAUUUCUUUGGCAGACGAUGACUCUGGAUAUCUACUGCAAACUGUGUGGAAACUGUAUACAACAAAUCAAGUGACUAAAGCAUUAGACCCUAUCUUGAAAGAUGAUUUUUCACCAGAAGAGGUAUCAAAAGUCCUCAAAGUAGGGCUUUUAUGCACUCAAGCUUCUGUUACCUUAAGACCAUCAAUGUCUGAUGUUGUCCAAAUGCUAACAACAUUUGGUCAACCGAUUCCGGAACCAUGCCAACCACCAUUCUUACGUUCAAGCAGUAGCAUAAAAAGAUUCGUCUCCGAUACACUAUCCAAACUUGAUGAAUCUUGUAUCUCCUCUGCCAUGCAUAGCUCAUCAGAUGGACCACACAUUAACUGAUCAAGAAUUCUUUUCAAAACCGUCUCUACUGGAAACAUAUAUACAAAUUAAAAGAAGUGGAAUUUCAUGAUGUAUAUAAGUGAAAAUGAAAAUUUUGCACAACAUUUUUGUACCGUUCGAACUAGUAGUGAUUACAUGUUGCAUUUUUACGAUUUGAUUUUACUUUAACUCUUCGACUUAUUGUAUGAAAAUUCCUCUACAUACCCUUUUUAAAAA